AUGUGUCUCAUCGGCCUCUUAAUCCCGGCAAAGCCCAAGAAGUCCAAGUCGAGGUCGAGCCGCAAGCAUAGAUCAAGAAGCAGGAGCCCCCACCGCAGGCGAUAUGAGCGGCCGCGUCACGAGCAUUCCUCUCGACACAGACACGACAACUCUCGGCACGAGUCUUCCCGGCGCGAGAGGUCAUCAACCCGGCAAGAAAAGAGGCACCCGCCGCAAGACUCGUCGCGAGACUCAGCGGCGGUGGUAGAGGAUGCCCUGGCCCGGCUCUGCCUCUCCCUAGAGCAGAGCCUCAUCGAAGAACAGCAACGAUGGCGGGCCCAGGACCGAUGGGAGAGGAGGGCCGAACUUUCUCGUUUGGACCACGCAUCCGGUGGCCGGAUUCCAGCCGAUGAAGUAGUCGGGCAACAAGCGCAAGGACAAAAACAGGAGGAAGCGCCUCCAUAUAGCCCCACAGACAAUACCAAAACCGCGCGCGUGCCUCAUCCCAUCCUAACAACCAUCACGCCCGAUCCGCAGCCUGAGCCUGAGCAAUACCAACGCGGCGUAGCUGACAGUCCGGCCUGCCGGGUUGAAAACUCAACAUCCGUUUCCUGUUGCCACAAUUGCGUGUGCGCCCGCUGCGGUUCCAACGUCACCAUGUGUGACCCGGAGGUUCCCGAGCUAGAGCAUGAUAGUCCGGCCCGAGGGGCCUUCAGCGCUAGGCACAGAGCCGGUUUGGGGGAAUGA